CGGAUCUAAGAUCGAGUUAAUACAGACCACCUAAAAUCGAUUCAGUUAUGGCGAAAAGUUAUUAUCUUGCGAUUUUUCCAAUGGCAUUAGCUAUUUUUUCGGUGUGCAAUGCAAACGAAGACUUCGACAUUUUUAAAAAGGGAAUUGAAAGUUUAUCGAAAACCAUGAUUAGAUAUCAAAGUGAAUUUGACAGAAAAGUGCAAUUUAAGGAGUUACAAGAGGUCAUCGGUACAAUUGACGAAUCAAUGAUGGGCUAUAUGGGAACCGCGGUGCGGCGACUGGAAAACGUGCGAUCGCUAAAUUCAAAAGCCCGUAUUUCCUAUUCGAACUGUGUCAAACCUGUGUUUGAAUGGUGCAUCGGCACCAACGUUACCUUCCAUACCACGAUUCGCUUCAUAGAUUCCGAACUGUCGCAGAACGAUAGAAAGGAACUAUUUAAAAUGAUUCUAAACGCAAUCAAUAUGGGACUAAAACACACCGAAAGUUCACUAAAACUCCUUAAUGAUGUUAUCAGACACACUACCGAACUUAAAGAUCUAUUUCAAUCCAUAAAGCACGACGUAGCCGAUGAUUUUGGGGAGAAUGGUUACUACGGAAGAAAAAAAAUGAACGUGAUGGAAAAUUUUGAAAAGAAGAAGAGGGCACUGGCCAUUAAAAAUAUAUUUACUUCAAUCGGCGCUGUCAUUUAUGGACCCAUUGGCAGUGUACUAGGCUUACCAGCAGCUUCUGGAAUAGCAAAUUAUGAACUAUGGAUUAAUAAAUUAAGUUUUGAAGUUCAACUGAAAGAAAUUGAUAACUUUUUUAAGAUUUUACUGGAAAAAAUUCGUAAUGCCAGCGAAAUAGUCCAAAAUAUUAAUAGCGCCCUGGAAGAGGACAAGACCAACUUACAUGUACUUCGUGGAAAACUAAGUGCUGCCAAUAUGAACAAAGUGCUCUUGACAUUCGAAUCACGCCAAAUGCAAGUUCAAAUUAUUCCUUCUUUAAGAGAUGUGGCUGAUCAGUGCAUAAAGUACAUCACCUGGCACGGCUAUAAUUCAUCAAUUUACGAAGAUUCUAUGGUAAAUUCUAUGGGAACCCCCCAAGUAGUUCUCUUCUCCACGAAUCAACGUAUGGAUCCCUUAAUCGACCACCUGGACGAUAAACCUCAAACAGUACUCGCCUCAGAACUGCAGCAAGUUGAAGACCCAAAACAAGUGAAGCAUGUUUCCGAAGAUGAAGGCAAUACUUCUAAAAUUGAGUCUCCUCCAUCCUCGACGCCUCCAUCCGACAUACAAUUUGUUGCGACUUUUUUUAAACACGUUGUAUAAAAGAUAUCAAGUGAAAAGAUAUCAAUAAUGAAUAUGAAAAAUAUCAAUAAAUAAAUCAAUGUUAUUAAACUUUUCAAA